CUAUAGCUGAGCCAGCCGGCUUUUGUGCCCAUCCCGCAUUUCUUGUCAUUUUAUUCUAUUCACGUGAACGAAACGGUUGGACUCUCCAGCGUGGCAUCGGCGGAUAGUUAGCUGAGUUGACUUGUGCAGCCACUAUCGCUAUGAAAAUAACGGUUGAACAGAACCAGAAGGUUAACCAGGUUUCAUCCUCCAAAAAGCUGAGCUCAGUGCCAGACGAAGAUAUUGAGCAAUGGGGAUCUCGUUUUCUUGUACGGUCAGAGGAAGACCUUUCCCUUCCCCACCAUCCACAUAACUCAAAAUGGAGUUCUAGAGGGUGGUGCAAACCAGCAUACAUUCCUAUAUCAAUCAUUCUUAUUAUGAUUGUUCUGGUUGUGCUCUUGCCUCUCUUGGAGCAAUCUGAACACUGGGAGGAAAAAUUCAGACUCGAUUCUGGUGCCUUUUCGUGCAAAAAUACAUGCAGAAUUUCGUUAACUGAAAGUAUCCCUGAAGGUUUGUUAUACCCUCCAGAAGCCCCAAAGUUUCCUUCCACUUAUGAUGUAUGGAACAACUUAAUAAAUAUAUCACAGAGUUCCAUUGAGAUAGCCUCAUUAUACUGGUCCUUAAGAGGAUCUGAUAUUUACCCCCAUCCAUCUGCUAAUGAGGGAGAAGACAUUUUCAACAAAUUGAUGGAUGCUGCAGUGGAUAGAAACAUCAAAUUGAGAAUUGCUCAGAACUCUCCAUCUAGAGAUAUGCCUAGCACAGAUACUGAGGAGCUGCAGAAGAAAGGUUUUGCAGAGGUGAGAAGUGUGAAUUUUGCCAAAUUAUUAGGGAGUGGUGUUUUGCACACCAAGUUUUGGAUUGUGGACCGAAAACAUGUAUAUCUUGGCAGUGCUAACAUGGAUUGGCGUUCACUCACUCAGGUGAAAGAGAUGGGUGCAGUUUUAUACAACUGCCCCUGUGUAGCAGAGGAUAUUUUGAAAAUUUUUGAAGUUUACUGGGAUCUUGGCAAAGAAGGUGCUGUCAUCCCUCCCAAAUGGCCAGAAUCGUACAGCACACCUUUCAACAUGCUCACACCUAUGAACAUUUCUCUAAAUGGCAUGCAAGCCAACACAUUCCUGUCCAGUUCUCCUCCUCCAUUUUGCCCAAGUGGGAGAUCUGGAGAUGUUGACACAAUUGUAAAUUUGAUAAAUGAAGCUGAGAAGUUUGUGUACAUUGCAGUUAUGGAUUAUAUUCCCAUGAUGAUAUAUACAGCCAGACCAAAGUUUUGGCCAGUGAUUGACAAUGCACUGCGGAGCUCUGCCAUCAACAAUAAAGUAGAGGUUAGGCUUCUGAUGUCAUCAUGGAACCAUACAAGGAAGGCAGAGAUUCUGUUUUUGAGGUCCCUUACAGAAAUUUCUAAUACAUACAAGAAUGUAAAUUUAAAAGUGAAAUUAUUUAAAGUUCCUGCAAAUCCAGAUCAGCAAAAAAUUCCAUUUGCUCGAGUUAACCACAACAAAUACAUGGUAACAGACACUGCAGCCUACAUUGGAACGUCAAAUUGGUCUGGGGACUACUUCGUAGACACAGCUGGUGUGGGUUUAGUUGUCACACCUUACAUGUCAAACCGCAAAAGGAACCCACUUCCUAUUCGCGAUCAGUUACAAUCAGUUUUUGACAGAGACUGGAACUCAGAAUAUGCAAGUGACUUGUCAAAGAUCUCAAAUGAAUUCUUUUCUUCCCUGCUUGACUGAGAUAUUGGUAUUAGACAAAUAGUUUAAAUCAGUUGAAUGAUUGUAAGUAAUUUGUUACUACCUACAUGUGUUGUAAAUCUUCAAUAUAGAGUUAAAAUGAAAAAGAAAAGAGAGAUUUUAAAGUAAUAUAUUGUAAUAGAUUUUUAUAUAAAUGUUUAUAAAUAUGUAACAGAUGAAGAAAAGCAAUAAACUUAAGUUUUAAUAAAA